AUGGUAAAACACCAAAUACCACCUACCUCUGCUAGUGAGUCCAAGGUCUUCUAUUUGAAGAUGAAAGGGGAUUACCAUCGCUACUUGGCCGAGUUCAAGUCCGAGAAUGAGAGGAAAGCCGCUGCUAAGGAUACCAUGCUCGCGUACAAGGCUGCUCUGUAUUCAAGCUCUUAUGACUAUGAGACACCCAAGGGCCAUGGCGUUGCUGUGGGCUUGAGGCCAGGAAUGGGUGUUCAAUUAGCCUUCAAUACUGCCUAUCAUCCUCAAACAGAUGAGCAAACCGAGGCUGUUAACAAGUGGGUGGAGAAUUAUUUGAGGAGCUAUGUCUCAGACAGGCCUAAGGAGUGGGCACAAUGGGUUGAACUUGCGGAAUGGUGUUAUAAUUCCAGUCAACAUGCAUCUAUAAAGAUUUUCCCUUUUGAAACUCUAUAUGGUUAUGCAUCCCCUCAACUAAGACAUUACAUCAAAGGCACGACAAGAGCUGAAGAAGUGGAUCUUACCUUGCAAAACUGA